AUGGCUCGUAUCUUCAUCACUGGAUCAGCAGAUAGCCUCGGCCUCGGUAUACGCUCAGCACAAGCUCUAGUUAAGCGUGGACACGAUGUCUAUUUGCAUGCCCGAAAUAGCCGAAGAGCGCAGGAUGCCCGCAUCGCCUGUCCCGGAGCGAAAGAUGUCUUCGUCGCGGACUUGGCGUCUAUGGAAGAUAUCAAAUCUUUGGCGAAACAGCUUAACCAGACCGGUCCCUGGGAUGCCAUCGUCCACAAUGCUGUGCACGCCGGGCCCAUGCACGGUGUUGCUAAUCCCAAAAACAAGGAGGGAAUUCCUGUACUAUUCGUUGUUAACACAUUGGCGCCAUAUGUUUUAACCUCUCUGAUAAGCCCGCCACCAAAGCGUUACGUCUUCGUUUCUAGCGGCAUGCAUAAAGGUGGUGAUCCCUCCUUACGCAAUAUCCAGCAGUGUAAUUAUAGCGAUAGCAAACUGCACAAUGUCUUAUUGUCGUUCUGGUUCGCACGCCAUCUCACCGACAAGGGCGUCUUGAGCAACUCCAUGAGCCCGGGAUGGGUUGCUACUAGGAGGGGCGGCUCGUCAGCACCAGACAAUAUGGACGCGGCCAUCGAUACCUACGUCUUACUGGCCGAGGGGUCAGGAGUUGCAGAGGACGAAACAGGGAAAUAUUGGUAUCAGACUCAAGCCCGGAGCUCUGGUGGCUCGGGUCAUGAAACAAGUUACUUAAAAGCACUCGAUGAUAAAGCCCUGCAGGAUCAGUUGAUUCAGAUCCUUGAGAAGAUCUCGGGCGUUAAGCCGCCCGAGUAA